CUUCUCCCCGGUCAUCUCCCUCUCCUCCUAUAAAUACCCUCUCUCCCUAUUCUCUUACCCCCCUCCCUCUACCUGCCGUUCCUUCCUAUCUCCGAAUCUUCUUCUUCGCUCUCUCUCUCUCUAGAGGCCGCCAUGGGCUUUCCGGUGGGAUACACCGAUGUCGUUUUGCCCAAUCUCUUCCUCCACACACUCUCGCUCCUCGGAGUCAUCCGCAACCUCAUCUUCAUGCUAUUCCACUCCCUCGGCAUCUCCGAUUUCCUCGAAACCGAGGUCGUCUGGUCCGAAUCUCAAGCUCGAUUGCCCGACAGCCCCCCGGUUUCCGCGCUGCUGAUCCGCGAAUUCCUCCCUGUCGUGAAGUUCGGCGAGCUCCUCGCCGCCAACGCCGCCGGCGACACGCCCGAGAGCUGCGCCGUCUGCCUGUACGAGUUCGAGGGGGAGGAGGAAAUCAGGUGCCCGACCAAUUGCAAGCACAUUUUUCAUCGGGCUUGUCUGGACCGUUGGCUGGAUCACGAUCAGAAGACCUGUCCCCUGUGUAGGACCCCCUUUGUGCCUGAUAAUAGGCAGGAUGAUUUCAAUCAACGGCUCUGGGCUGCUUCCGGAGUCUCUGAUGUUUAUGGAGACUACACUUCUCUGUGAGAUUUUUAUCUUUGGUCCUCUUCCUCUCUCUCUGUUUUUUUUUUCUUGGUUUUGUCUGGGUAUUCUCUCAGAUAUUUUAUUGUAUGAUCACACUAGUGCGAUCAUAUUGAAACCACGAAAUGUAUAUAGCAGGGUCAGUCAUAAAUAAAGAGAUUUUUUUUUUUU